GCUUCGUCAAUUUUGCAUUUUUUGCUAAAAAUUGUGAUAGUUUUUAGUGUUAUCUAAAAUUGACUUUAUUAUUAAAAUUCAUGAGGCAAUUAAAAGAUUAAGAAAGUAAUGCAACCUAUGACAAUGCUUCCGAAGCUGUCGGAUACAACUCAAACUAUCUCUUUCUCAGAGGGAGAUGGUGUGUGCAGCGCCGAGGUGUAUGCCACCGAAGUUGUGGUCACCACAAAUGCUGGUAACCACAACCAUGGUAGCUCCAAGGUCAAACUGAAGAACUUGGUUGACUAUAACUGGGAACCAAAGUUCUACCAUGGACAACUGCUGGCCAUUCACAUCAGUGGAAAAUUUAUGGCGUAUUCUAUUAAAGCAACUAAUCCCCAGAACCCAGGGUCCUGGAAUGGCAUGGUGCGUGUGGUGUACAACCCUGAACCUGGCACGGAACGACGCGCCCUUAUCAAGGGUAUGAAAGGAGUGGUGCAAGAUUUGUCGUUUGCCCACAUUCAAAGCCAAGUAGUGUUGGCAUGUAUUGAUGAACAGGGAAAUUUCUAUGUCCACGAGAUUGAAGUGAUUGACUCUGAAAUAAGGUGCACAUUGGUGGCGGAAAUAUGGGAGGAUACUGGUAUAACUGGGGGGUCGCAACGCGUGGUGUGGUGCCCGUACAUACCGGACGAGGAUGAUGACUCGCCUGACGAUGACGUCGCGCGGUUGCUCCUCACUACACACUACAAUAUAGCCCGCAUGUGGAACAUACGAGUGAUAGCGGCGCAGGUGUCGGCCACGGAGGGCGUGGGCUCUGCGCAGCUGCUGUCGGGGGCGGCGGCGGGCGGUGCGGGGGGUGAGGGGGGCGGUGGGGGCGGCGCGGGGGGCGGCGGGGGCGGCGUGCUGACGGCGGCGGAGCACGGGGCGGCCAUCGUGGACGCCGCGUUCUCUCCCGACGGGACGGCGCUCGCCACGGCCUCCGCAGACGGAUACGUCAUGUUCUUCCAGGUGUACAUGCACAACGAGAGCAGCCCCCGCUGCCUCCACAAGUGGCAGCCGCACGGUGGGAAGCCACUCAGCUGUCUCUUCUUCCUCGACAACCACAAGAACUACAACACUGACGUCCAAUUCUGGAAGUUUGCGGUGACGGGCGCUGAGAACAACACCACGAUAAAGGUGUGGUCAUGCAAGUCCUGGAACUGCAUGCAGACGAUCACGUUCACCCCUACCCUGGUGCCGGAGCAGCCCGUGCUGGGCCUGAAGGCCAUGCUGGACAUCAGCGCCAGUUACCUGGUGCUGGCAGACUUUGAAACGAGGAGUCUUUAUGUACUGAAUAUGGCGUGGGAUAUAGACGAUACCACAGCAUACUGCAAGAGUAUAUCUGAGUUUCUGCUUCCAUAUCCGGUGCUGAGUUUUUGUAUUGCUGAUGCUGAGGAGGAACAAGUGAAGUGCGAGUCGAGUUGCGACGACCCGUUCCACAGAAACGGCUCUACGGGCACCGCGCGAGACUCCCCAGACGACUUCGAUAUACAUCAUGAGGCGGGCGCGGAGAGCGCGGUGGUGGGUGGCGCGGGGCGGGCGCGGCUGCGGCUGUACAUCGUGCAGCCGCGCGGCCUGCAGGAGGGGCUGCUGCUGCACCACGCGCCGCACCACGCGCCGCUCACACCGCGUCUCUCAGACCUGACUCUGGACGAGACGUCCCAGGAGGCAGUUCCUAACGCGAUCCACUCCAGCAUCUUGCAGCAACAGAGUCAGCAGCUCAAGAACUUGCUCAUGAGGUCUCAGGUUAGCGCUGCAAAUACCCAGCCGGGUAGUCUGAUCGGUCAGCGUCCAGAAUCGCCCAGCGCACCCCCACAGCUGAACCUCAUGACGCCAGAUGCUUUCAGUUCGCCCGGUAAACGCGAUGAGGACGAUCCGCCGUUGUCGGCCACACCGGACGUUGGUGGGAAGCCGCGCUCUUCAAUCGGAGGUACCUGCAGCGAGGCAUCUGCGGGCACGGCGAGCAUCGGGGCUGCGGCGGCGGACAAGCCCGCCUCGGGGGGCUCCAGCCCCAGCCGGGAGGUGCAGCAGAUCAUGGCGCACAAUGACCACUACUACAAGGACAUGGAGGGCGAGGAGUCGAGUCAGUCUCCGGCCGCGGAGGAGGCGGAGGAGGCGCAGGAGGCGCAGGAGGCGGAGCAGGCGGGCGGCAGCGGGGGCGGCGGCGGCGGCGGGGGCGGGGAGGCGGGCGCGGGCUCCCCCGCCGCGCCGCCGCCCGCGGCCGUGCCCGCCCCCGCGCCCGCCGUACUCACGCACUCCAUACAAGAAGAAGAAGUAAUGAACUUUUACUACUAUUACUUAUUAUACUACGUAUGUAACAUAUCUAUAAAUUCUAAAGGAAUUAACACAAUUAUACUUACUGAAAUAAAUACGUCAUAUAUAGUCAGUGAACUAUUUUUUGUUUGUGUAGACAGCGAAACGUCGUGGCCACAGAUCUCGUUGGCACAGAUCACAGAAGCUAACCAGCGGAAGGCUUCCAGCGAGAAAUCAAGUAGCCAGUCGCUAAAUAACUCGCUAGGGGCCGUCAUAGCGCCCUCACCCUCCGACCGGGCUCGUCUUGAACGACUCGAUCAACUCGAGCACAAAAUAGACAAACUCACAGAGCUGGUGUCGUGUCAGUCCCGGGAACUGCGGCUGCUGCGUGCGGGCGCGGGCUCACCACGGGCCGCACUCGACGCCGCGCUGCACGACCACGCCCAGCGCACCGCCGCCGCCGUGCAGGCAGCACUCGCCGACGGGUACGUACACGUGCGGGCCGCACUGACGCCGCGCUGCACGACCACGCCCAGCGCACCGCCGCCGCCGUGCAGGCAGCACUCGCCGACGGCGCACCGCCGCCGCCGUGCAGGCAGCACUCGCCGACGGGUACGUACACGUGCGGGCCGCACUGACGCCGCGCUGCACGACCACGCCCAGCGCACCGCCGCCGCCGUGCAGGCAGCACUCGCCGACGGGUACGUACACGUGCGGGCCGCACUGACGCCGCGCUGCACGACCACGCCCAGCGCACCGCCGCCGCCGUGCAGGCAGCACUCGCCGACGGCGCACCGCCGCCGCCGUGCAGGCAGCACUCGCCGACGGGUACGUACACGUGCGGGCCGCACUGACGCCGCGCUGCACGACCACGCCCAGCGCACCGCCGCCGCCGUGCAGGCAGCACUCGCCGACGGGUGGGACCGCAUCGGGCGCGCAGGCGAAGCAGCAAGUGCGCGAGCAGCAACAGCUGCUGGUGUGGGCGCGGCUCGCGCGCUGGAGCCCCUGGCGGCCGCGCUGCAGCACGAGCUCGCCGCCAAGCUGACCGCCACCGACCACCUGCUGCGAGACAACAUCGAGAAACUCGCCCACAGCAAGACGGUAAUGGACCGGCUGAGCACGUCGGUGGCUGCGUCGCUGGCCGACAUGGUGCGGGACUCGUUCCGGACGGCGCUAUUCGACAGCGUGGUGCCCGUCAUGGAGAAGGCGCACGCGCAGAUCUUCAGGCAGAUCAACAACGCCUUCCAGAAUGGUACCAAAGAAUUCGCAGCUAAUACGGAAGCGGCAGCUCGCGCAGCAGCUGAGCGCGGCGGCGCUGCAGCGACGGCUUCGCUGCGUGCAGCGCUGGAGCGGCACGCCAGCGCACUCGCGGCCGCCUCCGCGCAGCCUCCCAUGCAGCAGUUCAGCGCCGCGCUGCAGGAGACCGCGCACACGGUGCUGGAGAAGGAGUUGUCGUGGUGGCGCGAGCAGGCGCGUGGCGUGGCGCUGCAGAUGUCGCGCGCACACACGCCCGCCGCCCCGCACACCCCCGCCACCUCCUCCGUCGCCGACAGGCAGAUGCAAGUGGCCCAAAUUCAGUCGCUGAUGAGCAGCGGGGACGUGAACGGCGCGUUCCAGCUGGCGCUGUCUGCGUCGGACCUGGCGCUGGUGGUGGCCGCGUGCCGCGCCGCCGACCCCGCGGCCGUGUUCGCGCCGCCCUGCCACCUCAAGCAGCACGUGCUGCUGUCGCUCGUGCAGCAGCUCGCCGCCGACAUGACGCGCGACACCCACCUCAAGCACAGGUACCUAGAAGAAGCGGUAAUGAACCUAGACACCGCGAGUCCGGUCACCCGCGAGCACCUACCCGUAGUCAUACGGGAGCUGCAAAAGCAGAUCGUGGCCUUCCUAAAGUCGAACCCGGGGCAUGCGCUCGCGCGGCAGUUCAAAAUGCUACUGAUGGCCACCGAAUCACUGGUGAAGAGUGCAGUCUGACCGCGGCCCUGCUGCCACUGUGCUUGUGACCACUACAGAACUGUACACCGGCUCUAGUCCCGGCUGAUGUAAAACACUCGCGUGUAACUGUGUUAAAUAUGUUGAUACUCAUUGAACUGUGCUCAUAAAGUGGAGAUAUAGGUUUUAUAAUUUAGCUGCUGAAAGAAUUAGAAGAAAAGGCUGUGUUAAUAUGUACCGUAUUAUCAAAAUUAACUGCCUUUACACGUACGCUCUUUCACACAAGAAAGUAUGUGCAAUAUAGGCAAAGAUACCUAGAAAGACCGGCUCUAUUCCCUGGCUAAGGGUUAUUCCUUAGUCACUCGCGUGUAAUUGCUCGACAUAUGUUGAUACUCAUUGAACUGUGCUCUUCAAGUGCAGAUAUAUUUUAUAAAUAAGCUACUGAAACAUAGGUCAGGUUAGAUAGCCCAUAGUGACAAAUGUCUGUAGAAAUUUCUUCAAUUCACUUA